AUGACCGGCCUUUUGCAUUACUCAUCCUCUCCCUUUCUUUUCCUCUUUCUCUUUUUCUUUUUCCCUUCUUUUUUUCUUCCCUUAGGAUCGCCUAAUUUUUCUAAUAAUGCAGGGUGCCACAAUCCUCCCCUAACCGAUUUGUCAUUUACCCGUAAUGUUCUUUUCAUUUUCUUUUGUUCUACAUGCAAUGUAAUGUUCUUUUCAUUUUCUUCUGGGCCCUCUUUAUUCUUCUUCUGGCCUGUACGAAUAUCUUAUGUUGCUGUUCCAGCAAUAGUUGAUGAUGAUCUUCUCCCAUAUACCUUCUUCGGGGCCUCAAUUCCUUCUGUUUGCUCUACUAGCUUCCUUCGUUCCUCCUCGAAUCUCACCCGAUUCAGAGUUCGUAGGGGAAGUGCUCUUCCUAUCUUCUCCCCUCUCCUAACCUUUAUAGUCUUUUGGGCCUGGUUCACCAUCAUUAUGGGCACCAACUCGGCUGCCUCCACUACCGUUUCGCACAGGGUUACCUCGUUAUCCUCUAGGCCCUUUCCUUCUCCAGGGACCAACUGCAGAGGUCCUCUCCAUACAGUUUUUCCUGACAUUAACCUACCCUUUCCCGACACUGCGGUCCUAGGAGGUAACUUUACAUCUUCCUCCACUACUAUGGUUAUCUCUUCCUCUGGUGGGCAUCCCAAUGGCGUUCUCUCGCCGUUCACCACCAACACAGUGCUUUUUACUUUCCCAGUCCUCACCGGGAGCCUCACCAUCCCUUUUAUCUCCAGGGGGGCUCCAUCUGCUUGCGUGACCUCUAUGUCCGCUUCCCGUAACCUUCUCUUCCGUUUCACCCGCCUGUAUGUUUCCUCUCUCAUCAAUGACACAGAUGCUCCUGUGUCCACCAAAGCCCUCAUCUCCCUACCACCUAUCUCCGCUCUACAGGAUAGUUCUUUCUCUUGCUUUCUCUUCAGGUGUCCUGGCCUCCUGCAAAACCAGCACCUUCUUGUUGGACAGCUUGCCGCAAAGUGGCCCGCCCGACCACAUGUCCAACAUUUUGCUCUUUCCCUUUUUAACUGGGUUGGCCUUGUGUCUAUUCCCGGGGGAACCGUCCUCUAUUCAAGCGGUUCGCCCGUCCACUGGUCCAAGCUUUUAUUUCUCUUCUUUUUAACUGGGCCACCCUCCCUCUUAAUUCUGGGGUGGCCCGCUGGCUUUUCCCUGGGCCGGUCUCUUGGGCUCAGCUUUCUUUGUUAA